GGAAAGGGAAAAGAUAAUGCAACACUGCAGAUCCGGUAUCUGUGUUUCCACAGCAACACGUAUUAAAUUAUGUAGAUGUGUGCAGGUGGUGGACUUUAAACCAAGGAGGAGACACAGGUGCCAAAGUCUGUCCAGAGCACUCUGCUUCCUGGAACAAAACGGGUGAUCAUGGCUAAAUUCUUCACACCGGCUCAAAUCAAUGAAUUCAAGGAGUGCUUCUCCUUGUAUGACAGGAAGCACAAGGGAAAGAUUAACACCAAAGAUCUGAUCACAGUUAUGCGCUGCCUGGGUACAAGUCCCACUUUCAAUGAGAUCGAUCGACAUCUUCAAGUUCAUAAAAUAGAAAAGACAGGUGAGCUGGACUUCUCAACUUUCCUGACCAUGAUGCACAGACAGAUGCAACAAGAAGACCCCACGACUGAAAUCCUGGAGGCCUUGAGGAUGACAGACAAACAGAAGAAAGGGUACAUCCAGGCGUCUGAGCUCCGAGCCAAACUCACGCUAUUAGGAGAGAAACUCACACACAAGGAAGUGGAUGAGCUGUUUAAAGAAGCAAAUGUCAAGUCCAAUGGAGCCAUCAACUACGAAGCAUUCACAAAGAUGGUGACAUUACCACCUGUCGAUUACUGAUUGUCAACUAGAAGAAGAAGAAGAAGAAGAAGAAGAAGGGCCUUUAUUGACAUUGUACAUACACAAUACAUACAAUGAAAUUUGUCUCUGCAUUUAACCAUCCGAAUUACUGUUAAACGC